UUGACAAGCCACACGAUCCUCUUCGCUUAUCUUCCUCCACCCAAUCCAAAUUGCGACACAAUCUCUUUCGAAUCCACGCGCCCUCUAUCUUUUUUUUCUCAAUACAAUCGCCCAUUAACAACAGCUUUCAUGUUCACUCUUCUCAUGAUACUCCAUCAUCGUCGACCUUGACCCUGUUCUUGUUCCUGAUAGGUUUUAGACGAAACCCAUUAUUGUUAAAUCUGCUUCUGGUGUCUGCUUGUCUUUGAGUCACUGUAUCUUACUCUUGCUAUGAGAUUGCUUAGAAGUAACCAGGACUGAUUAAAUUUGUCGAGACCAAAAUGUUUCCCCUGUGCUCAGCCGCAAGCUGCCAUUACCAUUCUCAGAUUUUAUUGCCUGGCAAUUGGCGAGGCUGUUCUUCCUUCAGGAGAGAGUUGAUUCACAGAUACAGUUCUGGUGAUAAUGCCUUCCUUGGUAUCUCUAAUGGAACACACCUGCAGAAGAGUUUCUUACCUCAAGCCACUGGGAGUUUCUUCACCGAUACUAUCGAAAAAAUAGCACAACCAGUAUCAAUAUUUGGAAGUUUGUGCCAGAAUGAGUUGGACAGAAUGAACUGCAUGGUUUAUGGCAUGAGUGAAGAUGUUGUAGUGGGUGAUGGGGGACUGACAUAUGUAGAAAAUGGAGAAGAUGUUUUCUCUGUUGAAGCUGUUCCAGCAGAUGUUUCUCCUGUUGAAGCUGUUGUAGUAGAUGGUUCCCCCGUUGAAAGCCUUUCUGCUGAGACUUUAACCGAAAAGACCAGUAGCUUUAUAGAGUCGGUUGAGUCGGGAACCAACUCGACUGUUGAUAUAUCUCCUGAUAGUUCAGUCUCUCUUCGGGAUACUCUAGAUCUGAAUCCAGGAUCACUUCCUGAUUCCAAAGCUAGCAUUGAUGACUUUUCUUCUGGUGUCGAAGAGUCUUUCAGUUCUUCACUUCCUGAUGCAAAAGCUAGCAUUGAUGACUUUUCUUCUGGUGUCGAAGAGUCUUUCAGUUCUUCACUUCCUGAUGCAAAAGCUAGCAUUGAUGACUUUACUUCUGGUGUCAAAGACUCUUUCAGUUCUUCACUUCCUGAUGCCAAAGCUAGCAUUGAUGACUUUUCUUCUGGUGUCAAAGAGUCUUUCAGUUCUUCACUUCCUGAUGCGAAAGCUAGCAUUGAUGACUUUUCUUCUGGUGUCAGAGAGUCUUUCAGUUCUUCACUCCCUGAUGCAAAAUCUAGCAUUGAUGACUUUUCUUCUGGUGUCAAGGAGUCCUUUAGCUCAUCACUAAACGAAGGAGAGAAUGCUGUAAAGAACACUUUGGAUUCCUUUUCCUCGUCUGUGACAUCCAUUACAAAGAAUGCUUCUGAAGUUGUAGAUAGUGCAUUUAACAGAGCAUUUUCUACGCUAGACCAAACAGGAGAUAUAGCUGGAGACAAGUUUUCAAGUUUUUCUACUGGCUUGAAGGAAGCUUCAAACAGAGCAGCUGUUAUUGCCAUUGAUCUGUUGAGGCAAUCAGUUGGUAUUGCAGAGAGUUCUGUAACAAAUGGAGUUUCAUUUGUUGUGUACUCUUAUGGGUCAGCCAAAGAAUUACUUCCUCCAGAUGUUAAGAGUGCCCUUAACUCGUCAGAAGAUGUUGCUCUAAAAGUAUUGAGUCCCGUGGGAGCUGUGUUGCAGCAGGUAUCUGUUGCCAUUGGAGGUUUGGAGAGAAAUUUGGGUUUGGAUCCAGAUGACCCAAUCAUUCACCUUUUUCUUUUCGUAGGCACCACAGGAACCUUUUGGGUUCUAUAUCGGGUUUGGACAUAUGGUGGAUAUGCUGGAGAUUUGUCUCCAAAGUCAACUCUGGAGCUUUUAACAUCAAGAGAAAAGUCAGUGCUUGUAGAUGUCAGGCCUGAAGCCUUGAGAGAGAAAGAUGGAAUCCCUGAUCUGCGGAGAACAGCUCGUUUUCGAUAUUCUAGCGUGACACUGCCUGAGGUUGACGGUGCUGUUAAACGGCUACUGAAAGGUGGAAGUGAAGUGGAAGAUAUCUUGACAGCAGUAAUCAUCAAGAACUUGAAAGCAGUUCAGGACAGGUCCAAGGUUAUUGUUAUGGAUGCUGAUGGAACUCGUUCGAAGGGUAUUGCAAGAGCUUUGAGAAAAGUUGGGAUUAAGAGACCAUACUUGGUGCAAGGUGGCUUUAGAUCAUGGGUUAAGGAAGGUAUUCGUGUAAAAGAGCUGAAACCUGAGACAACACUUACCAUCCUCAACGAGGAAGCUGAGGCGAUUCUUGAGGACAUAAAUCCUUCUCCAUUGCAACUAGUUGGAGUUAGUGUGGGUUUUUUUGCAGGAUUGUAUGCUUUAUUUGAAUGGGAGAAAACACUGCAACUCAUAGCUGUCAUUGGCCUCAGUCUGACUGUAUAUCUACGACUUUCUUCAUAUGAUGACUCCGAAGACUUCAAGGAAGACGUCAGGCUGCUGUUUGCUCCAGUGAAACUCGGAGCUCAGGCUUUCUCAUGGGCUGCAGAAAAACUUGAGACAAAUGGUGUUGGCUUGCCAACGUCACCUUCUUCCUCAGAUGUUCGAAGCCGUGUUUUGCAAGCUGCUGCUAAGCAUGAAUCUAAGCCGUCUGAUGAAACAUCUGAAAGUCUCCAUGAGGAUGCAUCAUCAUCAUUAUCAUCACCAGAAGAAGCUUUGAACAACGUUGAUGUCUCAGAAGCGUAAAGGCUCCAACUUUUAUUUCGUUUUUUAUUUUUUCUUGUAAUAUCGAAGAAUUACUUUUCUCGUCUCUCGGAACAGUGUUAACAUUCAUAUAACUGUGACGACGACAAAGAAAAAAAAGUAAUAUUCAAUUCAGACCACC